UGGCUGGUGUCUCCCGUAAUUCUCUUCGGACCGACAAUAGAACCAAAUGCUAAGAAUGCCUUUCUUCCGGUCGAUCCCAGACAACUUGACUCACAAGUUCCUCUCCUCCUCGGCAUAAGUUCUGGCGAGGGUGCUGCGGUCGCAUCAAUUUUAUUUGCUGCCGGAGCUCAAUAUGAAAAAGACAUCAAAGAGCGACCGCUGGAAAUUCUACCAAAACUGCUUUUGUUGAGCGAAAUGUUUCCGCAAGAUAAGAUUGAUACGGUUUCGAAGGAAAUUUUAAAAUUUUACUUUGGGAGCAAACCAAUCGACAGAAACACCACGCAAGGAAUCAUCGACAUGGUCACUGAUGACUGGUUUUUCGCGGGAAGUGUAGAGGCUGUGUCGAAAUAUGGUGGAAACGUUUACUUCUAUUACUAUGACUAUAGUCAGUCGGUUUCAUUCACAAGUAUUUUUGGAACUGGUCAAGUUAAAGCUGUAUGCCACACCGACAUUCUGCUAAAUCUAUUCCCGCUGCCUGUGUUCUUCCCGAAUCGAACUCUAGCAAAGACAGACGUCACGGUCUCAGAGAAAAUCAUCGAUAUUUGGACUGGCUUUGCCAAAAAAGGAAGUCCAAGCGAAAAUUUGAGGUGGAGCCCAACUGCAAAAACCGCAAGUAUAACUAAAUUCCUACAUAUUACAGCGGGAGGGCUUCAGGUCCAAGAAAAUCUUCUUCAAAAACGAGUGGACUUCUGGGUGUCCUUGAGAGCGUCGAAUCCAAAGACGAACUAAGAAGAGCUCGACGACCAGUGAGUGAAGAACGAGUUGGUACCUCCACAAACGGAACGGACAUCCCAAGUAGCGGUGAUCGCGAUAAAUAGCGAUUCUAUUGGUUGAUUAUCGCGAUUAUGUCGGUGGCAAUUUAGAGUACCUGUAUAGCGAGAGUAUAGACAGAUGUGAAACUCCGAAAAUCCAUCAGGCCUUCA